AUGUCGACCGAAGCCCUCGGCGUUCUGUCUGCUGCUGCUGCCGCCGCUCAAAGCGCAGCAAAAGCAGAACAGGGCGCCUCGCCGGCCUUUUUGCACUCGCCGCCUGAUAGCAACAAUGCGGCCAAAUCGGAGGGCAGCGACUCGGAGCUCAGCGACUUAGACGAGGAGCCCAUCCUCCCUGGCCCGCCACUGACUGCGCCGAGUCAAGCACCGCAAUCCUCAACGACAAAGUCCCCUCCCGUUCACGAACCUCCUGCCGAAAGCGAUGCGCCCGUGGAAGACGACAUUGGUGAGGUCCUGCCGGCCGACUGGUCGGGCAACGUUGCCAUCUUCAAGCCGACGAUGCACCAGUUCAAGGACUUUGACAAGUUCAUGGCCAAGGUGAAUAGCUACGGCAUGAAGUCUGGCAUCAUCAAAAUCGUCCCGCCCAAGGAAUGGCUCGACGAGCAGCCACCCCUCGACGAAAUGGUCAAGACACUUCGAGUUCGCGAACCCAUCAAGCAGGACAUCAUGGGCUCCAACGGCACAUACCGCCAAGUCAACAUACUUCACGGCCGUUCGUAUAAUGUACCCGGAUGGAAGAAGCUAUGUGAACAGAGCGAACACCAGCCGCCAGCCCGCCGUGGCGAGCGACGAGCCAACGCCGAGAAGCCGAAGCCCCGAAGGUCAGCAGCCGCAGCCCCUGCGCCGAAACCGCAAGAACCGCCUGGACCCAAAAAGCGCGGACGGAAACCGAAGCGAGGUGGCAGAGCAGGAGGACGAGGUGGAAGAAGCGCCAGGGCUCAAGAGGAUCGGCCUAUGACGCCAGUAUCUCCCAAGGCUGAAGAGGACGAGUCCAUGGAGACGGUCGAGCAUGACGAGCCAGAAAUGGGGUUUACAACGCGGGGAGGAAAGGCGAAGACGCAAUCCGUGUCAGCUCGUCGCAAAUACCAGAAGCGCGAAGGGUCGGCCAUGAUUGAUGAGGCAGCGUUCAAGGACUUUGACUACAAGAUGGACAUUUCCGAUUACACGCCCGAGCGUUGCGAAGAACUGGAGCGAGCAUACUGGAAAACCUUGACAUACGCGCCUCCUCUGUAUGGUGCCGACAUGAUGGGCACCCUCUUUGACGACCGCACGGAAGCAUGGAACCUCAACAAAUUGCCCAACUUGCUGGAUGUCCUGGGCACGAAGAUUCCUGGUGUCAACACAGCAUACCUUUACUUUGGCAUGUGGAAGGCGACGUUUGCGUGGCAUCUGGAGGAUGUGGAUCUGUACAGCAUCAACUAUGUGCACUUUGGUGCGCCAAAGCAGUGGUACAGCAUUUCCCAGGCGGACGCUCGCCGGUUCGAGAAUGCAAUGAAGAGCAUCUGGCCCGCCGAUGCGAAGGCUUGCAACCAAUUCUUGCGCCACAAGGGCUUCCUUAUCUCGCCUCAGCACUUGCUCCAAAACUACAACAUCAAGGUCAACAAAGUCGUGUCGUACCCAGGAGAAUUCGUGGUCACUUUUCCCUACGGAUAUCACUCGGGGUAUAAUCUUGGUUACAACUGCGCCGAGGCCGUCAACUUUGCGCUUCAGCCUUGGCUGGAGAUGGGCAAGAUUGCGAAGCGAUGCGAAUGCGCGCAAGCGCAAGACAGUGUCUGGAUCAAUGUUUAUGAGAUUGAACGCAAGCUUCGCGGCGAAGAGACCGAUUACGAAGAAACUGACGAGGAUGAGGAUGAUGAAGAAGAAGAUGACGAAGACGAUACGGGGAUUCACUCGCCGCACGGCCAAGUCAAGAUCAAGGUCGCCACUAAAAAGCGAAAGCGACAGGCCGGUGAGAAGGCUGGCGGGCCAAAGGUCAAGAAGAUCAAACUGCGGCUGAAGAGGCAGGCUGAGCCGCCUUGCUGUUUGUGUCCGAAUGACAUCUCUGCCAUGGAACUCUUGCCGACCGAUGACGGUCGCAAAGCACAUCGCGUCUGUGCGCUGUAUCUGCCUGAGACGUACAUCGACACGGUGGACGACCACGAGAUUGUGUCUAAUGUGGGUGGCAUCCACAAAGACCGGACUGAGCUCAAGUGUCUGUAUUGUCGCUCCAAGAGAGGCGCGUGCUUCCAAUGCUCGCAGAAGAAAUGUGCGAGAGCCUACCAUCCGACAUGUGCUGCCGCGGCCGGUGUCUUCAUCGAGGAAGAGGACGUCCCGGUGUUCGGCGACGACGGCGUCGAGUACAAGGAGCAGGCAUUCGAAUUCAGCUGCCGUUUCCACCGCACGAAGCGCGACAAGAAGCGCGAUGGCGAGGCGCUUGAGAACGAUGAACGCAUUCGGGAGCAUGCAGCGAAGCUUAAUAAGGGCGACGUCUGCCAGCUCCAAUACUUCCGAGGCGAUAUGUUUGCUGGCAUCGUUGUGGAAAAUCGCGCCGAUGAACAGAUGCUCCUCGUGGACAUUUUGCCCAACGGUGAUCGUCUCGAAAUUGAAUGGAAGUGGCUCGCAGUCGCCGAUCCAGCUGACUACCACUUGCCCAAGGCCUCACCCAACGCCCUCCCUCUACCACCCUCGCAAAAGGCCAAGGACAAGCUGAACGCCAAACGCUCCGAGGACGAGAGGCCAAGGAAGGAUGACGUUUUUGCACCAGGUUAUACCUGGGCCGAGUUCCAUGACCAUGUGCUUGAGCGCAAUCCCGAGCAGGUUAAGGUUGACCUCUCCAAGGACGAUCAGGUCUGGCACUUUAUCGGCAAAGGCUCGACGGAUACCAAAGCGCAGUACACUGAGGACCCCAGGAGACAACGCCACAAUACCAAGGCCAACUUCUUGGAUACUCUGCUUAAGCCGCCCAAGCCUGUCAAGGCAGUGCCAAAUCCGGCCGUGCGGAGGCAAUCAUACAAUACCAACGCAAGCUUCGUCUACCCGCCAGGCAUGUCGACGACGCACAACACAUCACAAGCUGCAGCAAAGAAGGAGCCCAAGCCUUACCAAUACAAGCCUAAAACACGAAUGUCGUACGGCUAUUCAGCGCCUCAAGCUCCUACCUACACUGCGCAGCAGUUCGCGCCCAGCACUCAACCCCCUGCUCCCCGCUACUCACAGAGCCCUGUGCCGCGCCCAACGAGCUCGGCCUCGCAACCUCCAAUGUCGGCGUCUCCUGGUACGCACCAGCCUGCCGCCUUUUCACCACCGGCUCCGGCACAUAGUCCUGCAGCAUUCCCCCAGCAAAUGACCAUGUCGACACCUUCAUCUGCAUCAAACCAGCCGAGACCGCAGUCCUCCCAAAGGAAGCGACAAUGGUCUUUGCAUCCCAUGACAUAUGAAAAGUGGCCAUUCUUCCAGACGCACUAUAACAGGGACUUGUCCAAAUAUCGUACUCCAUAUGCACCUUGGGGCGGAUUUACGAACGGUUUCGAGGGUGACCUGAGAGCCCAUCUCAUGGCCAAUCCUCAGGAACUAUUGAGACGCUCAAGCAUGACAUCUGCGUCGCCGCCGACGAUGGUAGCCAGACCUACACAGCCGACCAAUGUAGCUGGUCCUUCACAACCUUCUGCCGGCGUACCAGCUUCGAAACGACCUGCGGCAGCCAAGGCGGCGAGGAAGCCCUCGUAUACGAAGAAGUUGCCGCCCCCAACGCCCAACAUCGCGUCUCCACCGCCCAUGCCUAUGAUGGCUCAGACUGAGUCGCAACGUGGUUCUGGCUCAACGACACCCGUCCCGACACCGAUGCCGACGCCUGCAACGCGGACGACUCCCCACGGGACGGCGCCCAAGCAAUCGCACGUGCCACUGCCUGCUAAGUUCCUGGCUGCCAUGAGCUCGUCUCAGCCUGGGUCGCCCACGUCGGCAACGUCGGCUCAGCCGACGGCGGUCAUUCCGCCAACGCAGACGACCGCGCCCUCUCAAUCACCCGCUGCUGGUGGGAAUAGAAUCUCCACCACGCCAGUGCCGUUCCCCAAAUUCCCGAGCAUGACGCCUCAUCAAGCAGCGGCUCGUGCAUCGACCACGUCGACGGGAUCGCAAUUCGAAUUUCACAAUGGAGAGACGCAACAGUUUGCUGACGUUCCGGGGAGUGAAUCUAUGGAAUUCAUGGAACGAAUGAUGUCAAACUUGCGGAGCCUGGCGGCGAGGUUGUAA